AUGGCUAGCGACAUCUACACCGCCGUGUACUCGGGAGUCCCCGUCUACGAAGUCAUGUGUCGUGGAAUCGCCGUGAUGAGACGUAAGCAGGACUCGUACCUCAACGCAACACAAAUCCUCAAGGUCGCCGGUAUCGAAAAGGGACGCCGGACCAAAAUUCUCGAACGCGAGAUCCUCCCAGGCGAGCACGAGAAGAUUCAAGGCGGUUAUGGCAAAUACCAGGGCACCUGGGUCCCGUUUCAGAGGGGGAAGGAUUUGGCAAAGCAGUACGAGGUCGAACCGUUCUUACGCGCGCUGUUUGAAUAUGACGUCCUGAAAGGCGAAGUCGACACGGUCACCCCAACAAAGGAAAUGGCCCUCAUGGCCCAGAAAUCAAAGGAUAUUGCCAUCGCCAAAGCAGCAGCCUCGCCCCGACAAAGCCCCGCCAAGCGGGCUCGUAGUUCCUCUGCCAAACCAGGCGCUGCUGGCGGCUCUCAGACAUUCAGCACAGCUUCGAUGACACCAUCACCUCUUCAUCCAUCCUUCAAUGCACCCUCACCGUCUAUCCCACCCUCACCCCAGUGGCCUGUCGACAACGCUACGCCAGUCCGUAAGCGGCCCAAGAUUCACUCGCCUGCUCAGCGAUACGACCGCGACUUUACACCCGAGCAGGAACAUGGGCACAACUUACUUCAUCAGCAAUAUCGUCAUCAGCAAUUUCGCCAGAACGGGAGUGGAUCAAGUCUAGCACCACCACCACCACUACCACAACCACAACCAGAGGAGCCACCAUUGGAAGGCGCUGAGAGAUAUCGAUCGAUCCUGAUGGCGAUCUUUUUGAAUGACGACACGGAGGAGAUCCCGCACUUGUUGACGGACCCCACUAUCCCUGAGGAUCUCGACAUCGACCUCGUCAUUGACGAUCAGGGUCAUACUGCCCUUCACUGGGCUGCUGCUCUGGCUCGGAUUCAGGUCUUGGAGCUCUUGGUUCAGAAGCAUGCGGACGUCCGUCGGGUCAAUAACAAUGGCGAAUCCGCGCUCAUCCGCGCUGUUCUGGUGACCAACAACUAUGACAAGCAGUCUUUCCCACACCUACUCAGCAUCCUCCACAGAGUCAUCACAACUGUUGACCACAAGAAAAGGACCUUGUUGCACCAUAUCGCGAUGAUGGCUGGAGUGCGGGGUCGUGGGGCAGCGUCAAGGUAUUACAUGGAGUGUCUUUUGGAAUGGAUUGCUCGGAAUGGAGGGGACUUCUCAUCGUUGGUCGAUAUCCAGGACAAGAACGGAGAUACUGCUUUAACGAUUGCAGCCCGUGUUGGAGAUCGGUACUUGGCGAGGUUCUUGAUCGAUGUUGGUGCUAAUCGGGAGAUUGAGAACAAAGUCGGCCUUCGCGCCGGCGACUUUGGUGUCGACGACCUUGAGCGUGGCCCAUCGGAAGCGCCUUUUGUGCCACGGGCGUUUUCGACAGCACCUCCAUCAAAGGAAGAGAAUGGCGGGAAACGAGGCAAGGAUGUCAUGCAUGUUGUACAGAAGAUGGUGGAUGAGUUGGAUGUAGAGUUCUCGCAGGAGAUUCUGGCGCGACAGGGCCAGCUCAAGGAUACCCAAUCACUGCUCAGGAAUGCGACCCGAGAGCUGACAGAGACGCGAAGGAGUAUUAUUGACUACAGGUCACAGGCGCAGCAAGUCGCAGAGGCUCAACAAAAGAUCAAGAACUUGUCGCUUUCGCUCGAGGAGGAGUCUCAACGGACACGGAGCCACAAGGGAUACAACAGCAAACUGCGCCCUCCUUCGGGUGAGGAUAUCGACCUAUUGUUCAAUGUCCGGAAACGCACUAAUCCUGAUGGGAUGACGACAACUGGAGCUGUUGAGGUUGGUGGUAGUGGCGAAGAUCUAAAGACGCGUGAGAGGAUGGCUGAAGAUGAUUUGGUUCUCUUGCGGUCAAGGGUGUAUGCAUACCAGAAGAACGACGAGGAGCUGGCACUGGAGUUGGCUGAGACCAAAUCCAAGACGUCUGCGAAUGAGUUGUUGUGUAAGAAGGUCAUUGCGAUCUGUUGUAAUAUCCAGCUGGACAAGGUCGACGAAAUGCUUGUCCCGUUGACGCUGGCUGUUGAGAGUGAUGGUGCUAGUUUGGAUCUGUCGCGUGUUGCUGGGUUCAUGAGUCGGGUUAAGCAGCAAGAAGGAAUGGGUAUCACUGGUUCUGCAUCGUCGCUGUCUGGGGCCGUACCUUCUGCUCUGGGACCUUAG